AUGGCUCGUCGAUAUGAUACACGUGCAACAAUAUUUUCUCCUGAAGGUCGUUUAUAUCAAGUUGAAUAUGCUCUAGAAGCUAUAUCACAUUCUGGUGCAUCAUUAGGUAUUCUUGCUGAAAAUGGUGUUGUACUUGCCGGUGAAAAACGUAAUAUAAGUCCAUUACUUGAUGAUGUUAAAUAUUCAGAAAAAAUUUAUAAAAUUCAUGAUGAUCUUUGUUGUUCUGUUUCUGGUAUAACCAGUGAUGCAAAUAUAUUAAUUAAUGAAUUACGUAUGAUUGCACAACGAUAUUUAUUAACUUAUCAAGAACCGGCACCCAUAGAAUAUAUUGUUUCACGUUUAUGUAAUAUAAAACAAGCAUAUACACAAUUUGGUGGUAAACGUCCAUUUGGUGUAUCAUUUCUUUAUAUGGGUUGGGAUAAACAUUAUGGUUAUCAAUUAUAUCAAUCGGAUCCAAGUGGAAAUUAUGGUGGAUGGAAAGCAACAUGUGUUGGUCAUAAUUCACAAACGGCUAUAUCAAUUCUUAAACAAGAAUAUAAAAUAGGUGAAACACAAUUAAAUGAUGCAUUACGUUUAGCUAUAAGAGUAUUUAGUAAAACUCUUGAUACAACAAAAUUAUCACCAGAAAAAAUUGAAAUAGCUGUUUUACAACAUGAUGAUAAAACAAAUCAAACAACAAUUCGUAUGUUAAAAGAUGAUGAAUUAACAACAUUAAUUAAACAGUAUGAAGAUGAACAGAGUAAAUUAGAAGCCGAUAGACAAAAACAACAACAAACAACAACUAGUGCAUCAACAGUUGAAAAAGAUAAAAAAUAA